AUCCGGCAGGAGAGGUUGUGGCAGGCGGGCAGGAAGGCAGGCAAAAACACUAGGGGGAAAACAAAGAGAGACAAGUGGUACACUAUAGAAAAACUCUUCAAGAAAAUAGCAACAAAACUUCUCCAUCCAAAAGGGCAAACUCUAACUACCACUGUUGGUGAGCGGAGAGUGGAUGGAAGACCAGGGUUUUUUAACACUGCAGGCUUGAUUGUGGAUGGGAAACAGGUGUGCAGCAAAGAGGAGGCGAUGGAGAGGCUUGACCAGUUUUUUGAUUUAUAAAUGCUGUUUGCUUGACCUUGAGGCUUGAGCAUGAACAGCCCUCCAGUGGAUCUGUCCUUUAAAAACCUCAGCCAUAUUGCAGCCUCAAUGUCCACAAAACCCCGAAAUGGCCUACGACCUAUAAGAACCAACUCAGAGAUGAAGUACAUGAGCUGCUCUUUGCGUCUCAGUUACAACAGCAUCCAGGACUUCUCUGGCCUCCACUGUAUGCUGAACUACUUCCUGGCUGAGCCAACAAAGCUCGGCUGGUUGGACCUGUCCUUCAACAAAAUCACAAGCAUAGAUACAGCUUUGUGUGAGCUACGUGAGCUGCGUGUGUUGUACCUUCACAGUAACAGCAUCUGGAGCCUGUCAGAGGUGGACAAGCUGGGAGAGUUGCAGUUCCUGCACACCAUCACGUUGCAUGGAAAUACCAUUGAUUCCAUCAAAGGUUACAGGCAGCAUGUGGUUUCUGCCCUGCCCAUGUUGAAGAAGAUGGAUUUCAGUGCUGUGACACGAGAGGAGCGAGUGCUGGCAAACAUUUGGAGUCCCUGCACCAACCAGGGCAAAAUUGCUGUAUGGCCAUUGUGAUAUAUUUGAAGUCCUAAAGUGCCUGCUGCUAGCUGAAUUUUUUUUC